AUCAACGCGACAGUCGGAGACGCUGCGGAUGUGAUUCGGUGCUGGUGCAGUAAGUAAGUCAGCUAUUGCCACUUUGCUUUCCUCUCUUUGUCAUUGUACUUGUGCCGUGAAUGCAUCGAGUGCUCCGUCUGCCAGGACGACCUGCCAUCACAGCACAUCUCCAUCGAACAGCAGCAGCGACCAUGGCGAGUCUCACGCCCCCGCAUCCGCCCGCCGACCAAAAGACCUUCUCGAUUCGCGAUCUGCCCAAGAGCAACAACUUCACUUCGANNCUCCCUGCCGAUGGCGAAUAUCCAACCCCCGCCGACUCACACAAGGCCGAGAGGACUAAGCUUGGUCCUCGACUGGUCAAGAAUGCAGCGUAUACCUUUGUACGACCCGAUCCCUUUAAGCAGUCCGAACUAGUCGCUGUGUCGAAAGCAGCGCUCAGAGACUUGGCAAUAGACCCGGCGUCCGUCCAGACGGAUGAUUUCAAGAAGACGGUCGCCGGCGAACAGAUCAUAACCUUGAACGGCGACGAGCCAGGCGAGAAGGACAUUUAUCCUUGGGCGCAGUGCUACGGAGGCUACCAGUUUGGCUCGUGGGCAGGUCAACUUGGGGAUGGACGAGCCAUUUCGCUGUUUGAGACUACAAAUCCUACAACCGACAGACGAUAUGAGAUUCAGCUGAAGGGCGCCGGCAAGACUCCGUACUCACGCUUUGCAGAUGGCAAGGCUGUGGUACGGAGCAGUAUUCGAGAGUUCGUGGUGAGCGAGUCCUUGAACGCUUUGGGCAUUCCGACCACUCGCGCCUUGAGCUUGACUUUGGGCCCGGAAGAGAAGGUCCGACGUGAGACCACAGAGCCUGCAGCAAUAGUGGCGCGAUUUGCAGAGAGCUGGAUCCGCUUUGGCACAUUUGACCUUCCGCGAUCAAGAGGUGACCGAGACAUGUUGAGGAAGUUGGCUGAUUAUGUCGCCGAAGAUGUAUUUGGUGGCUGGCAGAACCUGCCUGGGCGCGUAUCGACCACAGAAGAGAAGGACGUCGUGGAAGUUAGUCGAGGCGUAUCCAGGGACGAGAUACAGGGCGAAAACGAGCUGGCUGAGAACCGCUACACACGACUGUUCAGGGAAGUCGCUCGUCGCAACGCAAAGACAGUUGCAGCGUGGCAAGCUUAUGGUUUCAUGAACGGCGUGCUCAACACGGACAACACAUCUAUCUUUGGUCUCUCGAUAGACUUCGGGCCUUUUGCAUUCCUCGACAACUUCGAUCCCAACUACACACCUAAUCAUGACGACCACAUGCUUCGCUACUCGUACAAGAACCAACCAAGCAUUAUUUGGUGGAACCACGUCCGCCUCGCAGAAGCGCUGGGCGAACUUAUUGGCGCUGGCCCUUGGGUCGAUGACGAGGAAUUUGCGACUCAGGGUGUGCGCAAAGAUCGUGCAGACGAGCUCGUCAAGCGUGCCGAGACUGUCAUCGACCGUGUCGGCGAGGAGUACAAGGCUGUGUUCAUGGCCGAAUACAAGCGUCUGAUGACAGCUCGCCUCGGUCUCAAACAGAGCAAAGAAAGUGAUUUCAAGGAACUGUACUCCGAGUUGCUCGACACUCUCGAAGCUUUAGAGCUUGACUUCAACCACACGUUCCGACGCUUGAGCAACAUCAGCAUGGUUGACAUUGAUACGCACGAUAAAGCCAAGGAAGUCGCAAGUCGUUUCUUCCACCAUGAGGGCCUUGGCGGGCUCGUCAGUGUGAAUGAGGAUCAGGCACGAGACCGUGUGGCAAAGUGGCUAGGCGAAUGGCGCAAGAGAGUACUCGAAGACUGGCCUAGCUCGGAAGAAGCGCGUGUGGAGCGCAUUGCAGCAAUGAAGGCCGUGAACCCCAAUUUCGUUCCGAGGUCGUGGAUAUUGGAUGAGGUGAUCACUGAGGUUGAAAAGAAGGGCAACCGAGAGAUCCUGGAUCGGGUCAUGACUAUGGCGCUUGAUCCGUUUGCCGAUAGAUGGGAGGGAGACAAGGAGGAGCAAGAUCGAUUUACUGGUGAUGUCCCAAGAUAUCAGAGAGCAAUGCAAUGCUCAUGUAGCUCAUAGGAUGUUGGCUGGUUCGUAUAAUAAAUUCACAUAAUGGAUUAUCUGCCUCCGAACAGGAGCUCCAAUAUAGCUGGAGCCCGCGGAUUGACGGAGCUUGACCAGAGCUAUUGCCGAAUUGCGCUAUUGAGCUCUUUACCUCACUCGUCUGUGUGCCUACCACUCUGCCACAUUCCCAUGAACUCCACGAUAGCAAUGGA